AUGUUCUGGCACACAGACAUGGUCAGCAGUCAGCCUCUCCCCAUAGCAGACAGUGGGAAAAGAAAAAAGAAAAAAAGAACCAGAGCCACAGAUCAUGUCCCUGGGAAGUUUGAAGACUUGUAUAAGCUGACUGCUGAGCUUCUUGGUGAGGGAGCAUAUGCCAAAGUUCAGGGUGCUGUCAGCCUCCAAACUGGGAAAGAAUAUGCGGUAAAAAUCAUUGAAAAAAAUGCUGGGCAUAGUCGGAGUCGGGUUUUUCGUGAAAUAGAAACGCUGUACCAAUGUCAGGGUAACAAGAACAUUUUGGAGCUAAUCGAAUUUUUUGAAGAUGACACAAAAUACUACCUUGUCUUUGAGAAGCUGCGAGGAGGUUCAAUCCUGGCCCAUAUACAAAAGCGAAAGCAUUUCAAUGAACGAGAAGCUAGCAAAGUGGUGAGAGAUAUUGCCUCUGCUCUGGAUUUUCUUCAUACAAAAGGUAUUGCUCACAGGGACCUGAAGCCUGAAAACAUCCUGUGUGAAUCUCCAGAAAAGGUAUCGCCAGUAAAAAUAUGUGACUUUGAUCUUGGUAGUGGGGUGAAGCUGAACAGUGCGUGUACUCCAAUAACUACUCCCGAAUUAACAACGCCGUGUGGGUCUGCAGAAUACAUGGCACCCGAAGUGGUUGAAGUCUUCACGGAGGAGGCCACAUUCUAUGAUAAGCGGUGUGAUCUUUGGAGCCUGGGAGUGAUUCUGUACAUCAUGCUCAGUGGUUACCCCCCAUUUGUGGGCAACUGCGGCACAGACUGUGGCUGGGACAGAGGAGAAGUCUGCAGAGUUUGCCAGAACAAGCUUUUUGAGAGCAUUCAGGAAGGCAAGUAUGAAUUUCCUGAUAAGGACUGGUCACAUAUAUCCUCUGAGGCCAAAGAUCUCAUCUCAAAGUUGCUGGUUCGUGAUGCCAAAGAACGACUCAGUGCUGCUCAAGUUUUGCAGCAUUCAUGGGUUCAAGGACAGGCUCCUGAAAGGGGAUUACCUACCCCUCAAGUUCUUCAAAGGAACAGUAGCACAAAAGACCUGACACUUUUUGCUGCUGAGGCUAUAGCCCUUAACCGCCAGUUGUCUCAGCACGAGAACGAACUCAGCGCAGAGCAGGAGAACGUUGCCCAUGCUGUGUGCUCCAUGAAGCUUUCUCCUCCGUCCAAGUCUCGCCUCGCCAAGCGCAGAGCAAUGACACACGCCACCAAAAACAGUGACUUUCAGCCAGUUCCCCAUAAAGCCUUUUAAACUUCUUUCCUGCUAUGGAUUGGCAAGAUCAGCCUGUGAUCUUACUUGGAUUUUCAGCGCUGAUAAAAGCUUCUCUGCUUCUGACACUUUGAUUAGAAGCUUGCUCUUGUGAUGUGACUUGUAACUUUAACGGGACAGCUUUUUAUGGGAAUGUUUUUUGCCUGUCAGAUUUGGUGCAUUAAGAUAAUUUAACUGAUUUUUUUAAACUGGAGAAGAUGGGUUUGCUGCUAUAUUAUCUGAGGUGUUAAAUCACUAAGCUUUCCUUAUUUUCUUCUUAGAAGAGCAUGCUUUAAAAUGCAAACUUGAAAACAUGAGAAAAAAACACUUUCUUGCUUUGCCCAGCAGAGCAUCAAGUCUCUCCCUGCCUAUGGCUGAUCUUGAUGGCACAUCUUGCAAGGUGCUGCUGCUAGUGUCAGCAGCAGGGACUGUUUUCAACCAGCAGUGCCCUUCUCUCUUUCUGUAGACUCAGGAAACGAAGAUGAUGACUGGGUGGAUCUCUGUCUCCAUUACCUUCACUCGGCUUAAAUUGUAUGAGGAUGAUACUGUAAAGGUGCAAGGAUCGCUCAGGAUUG